AGAUACCAUUGUCUUCAUAUUCUAACCAUUCUAUAGUAUCGAAACGUAGUCAACUGUAUUGUUAAUAUACUCUAACACGAUAUAAUCCCAUGUUUACUGGACAUUGUAAUGAUGUCUACCGAAUCUGUGAUGAAAUUAUCGUGAUAUCUUGUAUAUAUACCUUGGAAUUGUUCAACCUGUAACAACUAAAACCACAUGUUGAUACUACGCUGUCGUUGCACGUUUAUCAUUGGAUCCUAUUAUGUCUACAGCGUCUAAUCUAGGAUGAUAGGUUUUUGUAAUGGUUAACGCUCGUGUUAUUCGGCGACAUGAAGUAACAAGAUUCCUUAGCAUGUCGUGUAUCACACGGCAGCUAUUGGCGUUAUUAUGGAACCUCGUGUCUAUCUUAUGCACGGCGUAUAUGGUUCACGGGGCUACAUAUGGCACUUCAUUAUCCCCUGGUCACGUAGCCAUGCAUCGUUUUGGCGUCAACCGUAUGCGUAGUGCUAUGGCACCACCUUACGGGACAUUGAGCCACGAUGGAGCUACACAGACCUUGGAUAUAGCGAUGCCAAGUAUAUUUAGCCGUUGGGGACGAAACCGCGGGCCAUUCAUUCGUGGAUCUUUACCUAAUCACGUCUCGAAUGUAUCACCCAUAAGGAGACUUGAUAAUCCUUUGUGUUUCAUCGGGACAAACAAGCCACUUAGAUCUGUUCAAUCCCGGGAGUACAUUAACCACGAUGUGUUCCUGGAUACGAAUCAUAAAGUUACCGUCAGCCAUACAUAUGCCUACAGUGAGGGAUACAAUGGGCCUCAUUCGUAUGGUCACAUGGAUCAUGGUGGUACCAACGCCACGCAGACUGCAACCUAUCCCGGUAUAGGCGACUAUUCCACGUUCGUAUCGCAUCACUAUCGUAUUGUAACCGGCGAUAUUAUAGACUACCUACGACGUAAGCGUAUAGAGUAUGUGGAAACUCCCAUAAAGUUAACCCUCAAAUUCUGCCCUUUCUGCCCUCCGCACAAGUACAAGAGCGAUAAUUUGUACAAGCAUGAGAUAUUCAAGAACUCAGGCAAUUCUUACUGCCAUCGCUGUGGCUACAAGGGCAGCCUAUACGACUUCAAGGCGGCCAUGGGUGACCUUCCUGGCGGUAUGAUAGAAGAAGCGAUGAAUCCGUCGUUCAAUGCUAAUCCAUUCGGUCCAGUAUUGAAACCAGAACCGCCACUAACGAUAACUGAUAUAGCACAAUACGAAGCUAACUUAUUCUUGCCCAAGUAUAAGCCGGUAUUGGAUUACCUAACUGACACUCGUGGAAUAACAAUAGAAACCAUAAAACGAUACCGUGUGGGAGCAGGUGAAUUUAGCUUCAAUUACGGUGUUGGAAAAGGUGACUCCGAAUUAUGUGUCGUGUUUCCAUGGUUAAUGGCUAAAUCAGGUGAUCGAGGCAGUCAGCUAUGUGUUAACCGUAUUAAAAUAAGGUCUAUCCAGGACAAGUCACGUAUGCGACUAAUACCACGAGGAAGUUCUUGGGGCAUGUUCGGUGAGCAUUUGCUACGUUGCGAGGAAUCGGAGAAUGCAUCGGGUCCGAAAUCCAUUGUAAUCACGGAGGGUGAGUUUGACGCAAUGAUAGUAAACCAAGUUACCGGUCGUGUCGCAGUGUCGUUGCCUAACGGUUCCAACUCAUUGCCAGUGGCGCUACUACCCCGUUUAGAGCAUCUGGAGCAUAUAUACCUAUGGAUGGAUUUUGAUUCAGCAGGCCAAGGUGGUGUGGAACACUUCGCGAAUAAAUUGGGGAUACAGCGUACGCGUGUUGUACGCGAUAUACACGAACGUCCCAAAGGAUCGGAUUCCAGGGGGAUACCCAAAGAUGCCAAUGAUGUAUAUCUACGCGGACUGGAUAUUAGUGCAUACAUUGACUCGGCCACGCCAAUGUCGCACUCACAGAUACUCAACUUUAACGACAUUAGGCAAAACGUUUUUGAGGAGUUGUCUAACCCCGGAGCUACGUCGGGCAUAGCCUCUAUAACGAUGCCGGGAUUGUCACAGCUGCUUAAAGGUCACCGACGAGGCGAGUUGAGUGUAUGGACGGGAGCCACGGGUUCCGGCAAGACAACCAUCUUGUCCCAGCUCUCGCUUGACUACUGUAUGCAAGGCGUAAGUACACUUUGGGGGUCCUUCGAAAUAAACAACGUACGAUUGGCGAAGACCAUGUUAAGGCAAUUCAGUGGGCGUAACUUGGAGUCGUCCUUAGAGGACUUUAAUUACUACGCCGACAAGUUUGCAGAACUGCCGCUGAGAUUCAUGAAGUUUCACGGGUCAACUUCUAUAGACCAAGUUAUCGACGCAAUGGACUAUGCAGUCUAUGUACACGACGUAAGGCAUAUCAUAAUUGACAAUUUACAAUUCAUGUUAAGUGGUCAAAAUACCCGUGCUGGUGAAGUAUGGGAAAUACAAAAUAAAGCCAUUGAAAAGUUCCGUAGAUUCGCUACACAAAAAAACGUUCACGUAUCUUUGGUAGUACAUCCACGUAAGGAAGCUGAUGGAACUGCACUUGGUCUAUCCAGUGUCUUCGGAUCCGUAAAGUCAACCCAAGAAGCUGAUAAUGUACUUAUACUCCAGAGUGUCUUGGGAGAAAAUCGUAGCAUAGACGUCAGGAAAAACCGAUUUGCCGGUAACCUGGGACGUGUUACAUUCAGAUUCGACCCAGUAAGCUUAACCGCUGAGGAACUGAAGGUGUCUGAAUUCGUAUUACAAUCAAAUGCAACCAACGAUACAGAAGUUGAAACUGUUAAAGCAUUUGAUAAAAUACGGCCACCCGCACCGCGUCGUAGUGCUAUAACGAAACGGAGUGUUGAUCUACCCGAAAAGACUGUAGUAUUCGCCCAUGGAACGGGUUCAUUCCUUAAAGAACCUGCAAUUACAGCGACUGUAGCGCAGUCAGUACGGCCCAUGUCGACGUAUCGCCUAAAUAGCGUCAUGGAUGAAGAUCGGAACCAAUCAGGAUUCGUCCACGAUUCUGACUUGGAAGAAACUAAGGAAGGUUUUGCAUUAAGUGGAGACUAUGUGGCGCCAUCAGCCCCGGAUAAUACAGACCCCAACCUAGAAAGAAUAACCAUGCGAGGAGUAACUGUAACGCGGCAAUCGUCAAUCAAGGAGUAUCGUGAGUUCAUUAAAGUGAAUGGCCUAAGUGAUAUGAUAAAAACGGCGGGUAAAGGUAUAGUUAAAUGUGAUAUAUACGACAAAAUAAAGCUACACGUACCCCCGUCGAGUGUAGUGUCCGCGGAAUCAAGUGCCACGGAAACUACAAACAAGAGCAAUCACGCAUUCGCAGUAUCGACUGUGGCACCAUUGUUGUGUCUCAAGGAUACCGAGGUUCAGAUAUACGAUAACUUGGGUGAAUACCGCCAAAGAGUAUUGCGUCGCACAGGCCAAAAGGCACUUAUGAACGUUACAGGAUCUUUACCCCUAGGCACCAUUACGUUGCCUGUAUAUAAUCUGGAAGGUGGACCUGAUGAGUUAUUGUCCAGGGGGCUUAUAUUCGUUAAUAAUCCUGAAUCGCUCGAGUCCCUGGCGCCACUGUUCGAGCAUACCAAGUUGUGUACACUGGAUAUAGAGACUACUGGGCUCAACCACCGAGAGGAUCGUAUACGGCUCUUGCAAAUAUCAACUCCAGACCAGCCGUCAGUUGUUAUAGAUGUGUUCAAAGUACCAGUGCCAACGUUAAAAGAAUGUACUUGGCUUGUUAAGCUACUGGGUUCCCAAGCAGUUAAAGUACUUCACAACGGCAAGUUUGAUAUUAACUUCCUAUCGCACAACGGUUUUAAUGUAAAGGGGCCGAUUUUCGAUACAAUGAUUGCAGCUAAAUUGUUAAGUGCAACUCGUUUUAACUGGAGUUGCAAGCUAGGACACGUGGCGGAACGCUACCUUAAUAUAGUACUGGACAAGUCACAGCAAUUCUCAGAUUGGACCCUGGAUCCAUUGUUUGAAGAACAAGUGAUAUAUGCCUCAAGAGAUACCGCAGUAUUGCUCCCGCUGUACUUCAUACUCCAGGAAAAAUUAAAAGCAGAGCGUCUGGACAUGAUAGCUGAUAUCGAAAACAAAUGUGUCUUGGCCGUAUGCCAAAUGGAACAAAAUGGAAUAAAGGUUGACCUGGAUAAACUCAAGUCGUUGCAAGCAGCUCUGGAUAAGGAAAAUGAAACGGCAAUGAAGCAUCUUGGCGAUACCUUGGGAGUAUCGAGUAACCCCAAUUUCAACUACAACUCCCAGAGGCAGAUCUUACAGGCAUUGCAGCAACAGAAGGUCAUGGAUAAAACCAGGCGUGGGCUUAUACAGGACACUUCUGAACGCACUUUAUCCCGUAAUACAUACCAUCCAGCUAUCCAGGCGCUACGUGAAUAUCGCAAGACUAAUAAGGCAGUGACAGCGUUUACAGAAAAGAUACCUAACCAUAUAGACUCUGCUACAGGCCGCAUAUACCCUAACAUCAACCAAAUAGGUGCGGAAAGUGGGCGCUUCAGUUGUGAUAAUCCAAAUUUACAGCAGAUUCCACGUGAUAGUAGAUUCAGAGAAUGCUUCAUUGCUGACAAGGGAAACAAGCUAGUAAUUGCCGAUUUCUCCCAGAUAGAGCUGAGAAUUGCAGCUGAUAUAGCUGAAGAUCGUCGUAUGAUAGAAGCAUAUAAUAGCGGUGAAGAUUUACAUUCACUAACAGCCAGCUUAGUCAAGAACAAACCAAUAUCAGAAGUGACUAAAGAAGAACGUCAAUUAGCCAAAGCCGUCAAUUUUGGCCUUAUUUUCGGAAUGUCAUUAGCAGGAUUCCGUAACUAUGCCGAAAGCUGCUAUGGUGUAGUACUGAGCGUACCUGCUGCUCGUGAAAUUUACGACUCGUUUUUCAAGAGUUAUAGCGGUAUUACAGCAUGGCACGAACGCAUGAAAGCUGCGAAACCAAUAUCUGUACGUACGCUAAGUAACAGGUUAUCCGUUUUCGACCAGUUUUCAUUUACCAGGUCGCUUAAUUACCCCGUUCAGGGAACCUCGGCAGAUAUUACCAAAGAGGCAAUGGCGCUAUUAGUCGACCGCGUUGCUGAUAUAUCUGGUAAAAUGAUACUGUGUAUUCACGAUGAAAUAAUACUUGAGGUACCAGAAUCGAACGCUAAUAAGGCACUGGAAGUACUAAUCGAGACCAUGGAAACAGCUGGAAAUAAGUUCCUUCGAUAUGUACCGUGCAAGGCAAUGGGUUCUAUAGGCGACAGCUGGGCAGAGAAGUAAUAAUGUACAACUUAAUGUAGUCCGUUUAUUU